CAGGAAAUCGUGCAGGCGGUUCCUGCUCAUGCAUACAUUCUGAUCGCAGACGAGAAUGUGUUCGCCCUUUACGGCGAAAAAUUCAUCCAGAAGUUCAGCAAGACUGGCAAAACUCUUCAUGUCAAAGUUCUUCCCUCUGGAGAGACAACCAAGGACAGGAAAGUGAAGGAAGAAGUCGAAGACUACAUGCUCGAGAUGAAGAUGAACCGAGAUUCGUGCUGCAUUGCGAUGGGAGGAGGCGUCAUCGGCGAUCUCACUGGCUACAUCGCAGCUACUUACAUGCGAGGAGUUCCUUUCGUGCAGAUCCCAACGACCUUGCUUGCCAUGGUUGACGCGUCCGUCGGCGGCAAGACGGCCGUCAACACACCGAUGGGCAAGAACCUGAUCGGAGCCUUCCAUCAGCCUGUGGUUGUUUACAUGGACAUGGCGUUUUUGGAUGGUUUCAGCAAACGCGAUCCCAAGAGAGCAGAAAGAGAGUUCCGUGCAGGCAUUGCUGAGAUCAUCAAGACCGGAGCGAUCUGGGACGCCUCCUUGUUUGAAGUUUGCGAGCAGAAAGUUGAGCUGAUUCAGAGCCGCGAUCAUGCCGUUCUUAACGAGAUUGUUCGACGAUCUGUCGCCAUCAAGGCUGAGGUUGUUACCCUCGACCCCAAAGAAGGCGGUCUUCGCGCGAUCUUGAACUGGGGACAUACUGUUGGACAUGCGGUCGAGGGUCUCUGCGGCAUGGCGGAUUACUCCGAUGGGCUGCUUCACGGCGAGUGCGUGGCGAUCGGGAUGGUGUUGGAGAGCAACCUUGCUCGAGCGAUGGGCCUGCUACAUUCCUCUGCCGUUGGCCGCAUCAUCAGGUGCAUUCAAGCUUACAACCUCCCUAUCAAGAUCCCCGAGGCUCUUCACAUCGACGACAUCAUGAAGAAGAUGAUGGGCGACAAGAAGAACACUGGAGGCAAGCUCAAGUGCGUUCUCUUGGACAGGAUCGGCCAUUGUUACGAGCCCAAGGCAAGCAUGGUGGAUGUGGAGCUAGUCAGGAUGGUUUGCUCCCCCAACAUCUCUCCGGUCCCGUCAGGCCCUCUCUCCGGCACAGUUCGUGUCCCUGGCUCCAAGUCUGUCUCCAAUCGCGUCCUUCCGCUCGCUGUCAUGGGACGAGGAGACUGCAGGAUCAAGGGCCUCCUGCACUCCGACGACACCCAGCGCUGCAUGGAAGCCUUGUGCCUCCUCCAUCCUCAAGGUGAGGCUGCCUUCGAGUGGGAGGAAGGAGGAGAGGUUCUUCGCGUUUCCGGAACCAACGGCAACCUUCGUGUGCCAAAGCAGGAACUUUAUCUUGGAAACUCUGGAACAAGCGCGAGAUUCUUGAGUGGAGUUGCAACGGUCAUCAAGGAGGAGGGAGGAUCCGUCGUGAUCACGGGGAACAAGAGGAUGAAGCAGAGGCCCAUCAAGGAUAUGGUCGACGCGCUCGUCAAGUUUGGCUGCACCAUCGAGUACCUCGAGGGGGAGGGCUGCCCACCCAUCAAGAUCGUCUCUAAGGGUCUCAACGGAGGCACAAUCACAAUGUCUGCUCAGAUCAGCAGCCAGUACGUGUCAGGCAUCCUCCUCGCCGCUCCUCUUGCCCAGGGCGACCUAACGCUCCAGCUUGAGGAGGACAAGCCGAUCUCUGAGCCCUACGUGGACAUGACGGUGGGGAUGAUGAGGGAGUUCGGCGUUCAGGUCCAGAAGCCCAGCAGCAACAGCUACCUCAUCCCCAGCAGCGGCUACACCAACCCUCCUGUCUACGAGGUCGAGGCUGACGCCUCGGCUGCUACCUAUCCCCUCGCCAUCGCCGCCAUCACCGGGGGCCGAGUGACGUGCGAGGCUGUCGGGGCAGGGAGCGUGCAAGGAGACGCCAACUUCUGCCACCUCCUCGCCAAGAUGGGCUGCAAAGUCGAACAGACGCCCAGCAGCACCACGGUAGAGGGCCCUCCAGCUGGGCAGCUGAUGGGGCUCGGGGAGAUUGACAUGGAGUCGAUGACGGAUGCGUUCAUGACGGCGGCGGUGCUGGCGGCGGUGGCGAAGGGGAAGACGAUGAUCCGCGGGGUGGCGAACCAGCGAGUGAAGGAGUGCAACAGGAUCCUGGUGAUGGUGGAGGAGCUAGGCAAGUGCGGGGUUGUGUGCCGUGAGCUGAGCGAUGGGAUCGAGAUCGAGGGAGCAGGGGGAGUCGAGGGCCUUAGAGGCGCGACGAUCCUCUGCCAUGACGACCACCGCAUCGCCAUGUCGUUCGGCGUGCUGGGCUGCCUCCUGCCCGGGCUGAUCAUCACAGAGAAGGAGUGCGUGGAGAAGACCUACCCCGAGUUCUGGGACCACCUCCGUCUCAAGCUGCGAGCCCAGCUGAUGAGCGCAGACUCGCACAUCCACCUGGAGGGGUCGAAGGCGACCGACCCUCACUGCAUCCUCAUCGGGAUGCGCGGGGCGGGCAAGACGACGAUGGGGAAGGAGCUGGCAAGGAGGACGAAGAGGGAGUUCGUCGACAUGGACGACGUGGCGGUUGCAGAGAUUGGGAUGCAGAUCAUUGACUUCGUGCACGCCAACGGGUGGCCCAAGUUCCGGGAGCUGGAGGCGGCGCUGCUGAAGCGGGUGCUGCAGGAGAAGAAGAGGGGAUGCAUCAUAGCGUGCGGGGGAGGGAUCGUGGAGACUGAGGAGUGCAGGGAGGGGCUCAAGGCCGCGGCGCAGGCAGGACACAUGGUGGUGCACAUGAUGAGGGAUAUCCGAGAGAUUGAGGAGCUCCUGACCUCGGAUCCCUCCCGCCCCAAGUUGCCAGAGCCUCCCGCGGUCGCCUGGACCAGGAGGGAGCCGCUGUACAAGCAGUGCAGCACCCAUGAGUUCCUGAUCCUGUCGGCUGCGGAGGAGGGAGAGGCGGCACAUGAAGAGCUCUUCUCCCUUGUCGACCGGUUCCUCCGCUCUCAGCUUGCUCCCGUUGUGGAGGACUCCAUCACGAUCUCCCUGACCUACCCGGACAUGAAGGAGGCUUCUUCCUACAUCCCCGAGAUCGAACGAGGAGCCGAUGUCCUUGAGUUCCGCGUCGACCUCCUCAGCGACUGUUCCCUCCUCAACGCUCGGCUCCAGCACGCGAUCCUGCGCAGGGUUGCCACCCUCCCCAUCCUCUGGACGGUUCGUUCGGUCAGCCAGGGAGGGAAGUUUGCGGGCUCCGAGGAGGAGAUGCUUGCUCUACUCCAGCUGGGCCUGCGCCUGGGCUGCGAGUUCGUGGACGUGGAGAGCUGCUGGUCAACGGCGAUGUGCAAGGCAGUGGUGGACAAGAAGGGGAGCUCGAGGGUAGUCGCCUCCUUCCACGACUUCUCGGAGCGCGCGUACACGGCGGAAGAGCUGGAGAAGCUCUUCCUCCGCCUGCGCAUGCAGGGGGGAGCAGACGUGGUCAAGGUUGCCAUCCGCACGACGAAGGCGACACAGGUAGCGGACAUGCAGCAUGCGAUCAAUCGGUUCCGCGCGCGCAGCUCACUGCCAGCCGUCGGGCUCUGCAUGGGAGAGGAGGGGAAGCUCUCUCGGGUUCUCAACAAGUUCCUCACCUUCAGCACUCACCCGCUCCUCCCCGGCACAGCCGCUCCUGGUCAGCUAGUGGCUGAGGACAUCCGGCGGCUCAAGGUGGAGCUGGGGCUGCUCCCUGCCACCUGCUCCUUCUUCCUCUUCGGCUCCCCGAUCGCCAAGAGCGCCUCCCCAGCCAUGCACAACGCCGCCUUCGCCGCCUGCGGGCUCAAGGGAUGGAGCUACGAGCGUUGCGAGACGGCAGACGUUUCGGUGGCGCUGGAGACGAUCUCUUCCGCCUCCUUCGGCGGAGGCUCCGUGACGAUCCCGCUCAAGGAGGAGCUCCUGCCGCACAUGCACAUCCUGACCGACUCGGCACGGAGGAUCGGAGCCGUCAACACCAUCACCGUGAAGAGAGGAGGGGACGGGUCUCGCAUCCUCAUCGGCGACAACACCGACUGGGUAGCCAUCCACCGACUGGUGCAGGAUCGGCUCAACAUGAGGAGGCUGGCGCAAGGAGGCGAGCCCCGAGUGCUGCUGGUGGGGGCGGGAGGGACCGCAAGGGCCGCCAUGUACGCGCUGAAGAAGCUGCGGGGGAUCACGGGCCCCGUCCUCGUCUACAACAGGACAAAGUCGCGCGCAGAAGCGCUGGCCGCGGAGUUCGGAGCUGAGGUGGUGGAGGACCUCAGCUCGGUGACGCAGCUGGGGGUCAUCGUGAGCACCAUCCCCCCCGACGGGCAUGCCGUCAUCCCCGAGACGCUCUUGCAGGCAAGGCCGAUCAUGCUUGAUGCGUCCUACCUACCCGGGGGGACGUCGCUGAGCCAGCGCGCGGCUGCCGCCGGCUGCGACCUGAUCAUCGGGCCACACAUGCUGUUUGAGCAGGCUACGUACCAGAGCGAGAGGUGGACGGGGAGGAAGGCGAGGAGGAGCGUUAUGGCCAAGGCCAUCUGCUCUCACUUUGGAGCAGAGAGCGGGUUGCAGGCGCUGCUGGCUCAUGAGAUGAAGGGACAGUGA